UUCAGGUUCAGAGCACCUGAAGAGCGGAAGUUCAGCGUUCCAGUCCGGAAGUCCCGAGAGGAAACGUUCGCAAAGGCUGCCGGGAGGCGUGGUUUUUAAACGAGAACCGCUCUUCAUCUGGAGUGAGUGCGCUUGCGCCGCAUCGAUCCUCUCAGGUCUGGAACAUGGCCGCGCGGUCGCUGUGGGCGGUCCGGCGGCGGUUGCAGCGCCUCCUGGCCUCCAAUACCGCGUCGGAGGGCAGAUUACGUGACUGGUUGAAUACAGGAUCUGUUUUAGUCAUCUGUUACAACUCAGAAGCUGUCAAAUAUAUUAUUCUGGGAUGGCUACACCCAUUCAGCACUGCCACCCAGAGAACUGCUGGUGAGGAUUGCAGUUCUGAGGACCCUCCUGAUGAGCUUGGGCCUUCUCUUGCUGAACGAGCCUUAAGAUUAAAAGCUGUUAAACUAGAGAAGGAAGUCCAGGAUUUAACACUGAGAUACCAGAGAGCUGUAGCUGAUUGUGAAAACAUCAGGAGACGGACCCAGAGAUGUGUGGAAGAUGCCAAGAUAUUUGGAAUCCAAAGUUUUUGUAAGGACUUGGUGGAGGUGGCAGACAUUUUGGAGAAAACUACUGAGUGCAUUUCUGAAGAAACAAAGGCUGGGGACCAGAAGCUCACUCUGGAGAAAGUCUUCCGAGGGUUGUCACUUCUAGAAGCAAAGCUGAAAAGUGUAUUUGCUAAGCAUGGUCUGGAGAAGAUGGCACCCAUUGGUGAUAAAUACGAUCCCCAUGAGCAUGAACUCAUCUGUCACGUGCCAGCUGGUGUUGGGGUACAGCCUGGCACCGUGGCAUUAGUAAGACAAGAUGGCUACAAACUUCAUGGCCGCACCAUUAGACUUGCCCAGGUGGAAGUGGCAGUAGAGUCUCAGAAGAGACUAUGAACAGGCCAACAGGAACAGAAUAUUCUCCCAGGGUGCAGUCACCUGUGUUUCCUUUAUUUAUUAAUCUAGGUUUGUAUUGUACAUGAGGUACUUCAUGUGAUCUUUUUCAGAUAUAUAUAGUCAUAUUGGCUUUAUUUCUAAGAUUCUGUUGAUUUUAUAUGACCCAUUUGGUCUUAUCAGAAGUCUUUACUAUCAAGCAUUUGAACAAUAUGACAGAUGUUCUUAUGGCCUUUAUCAAAAUAUGUUUACGAAAAUUAUCUUUAAAUUGGUACUCUGAUUGACUUUGAAUUCAAAAUUCACUUAACUAUGUAUCUUCAACUAAUUGCUGAAAUUAGUACAAUAUCUUGUGUUUUGUGGUAUAAGACAGUAGAGAUUGAGUCAACAUGUGGGUAUUUAGAUGAUAAAGCUUUAUUUACACUUAUAUAAAAAUUUAGAUCACUUGGGUUGGUUUUUAUAUACAUGGAUUUUCAGGACUUCCCUUGUAUUAUAAUUUUCAUUUAACCAUCCUUUGUGGUCCCUGCUAGGCUUUGUACUCACAUCACUGUUCCAAACCCACCCCUUUCCAACUCCAGUUGGAAGGGCUAAAGGGUCAGGCUAGACUUGAAACUAGAGAACAUCAAGCAAUUUGAGGUACCUCCCUUUCAAGCAGAGAAUUAUUUUCAUCCUUUCUAAAUAUAUCGUAAUUUCAGGCAAACAGGCAGCACCCACAGCUCAUGACCCAAAUGGGUCUAUAUAGGUAAUAGAGCUACUCCUCCCACUUGCCCAGACUACACUUCUGUCAAAUUUGCCUUGGAAUACUCUAUUGGAUUAUGAGGGGAUGGUGAUCUGGACAAAAACAUUAGGUUCCCACAGUUUCUCAUUCAGUUAUGCUGAGUCUUUUGGUUUUUGUUUGUUCGUUUAAUUGGAACUCAAAUCACUACCUCUCUUAACACUGACAAACUUUAUUUUUUGUUUUUGUGGUGCUUAGAAUCAAACCCAGGGUCUUAUACAUGCUGUGCUCCUGAGUUAUUUCUCUAGCCCUGACGGCUUUAUUUCCUAGGUUUUGUAUCCAUCUUAAAUUACAUUUGUGUAAACAUCUAGUUCCCUUUUUAUGUAUUAACCUCCUGAAUAUAGUUGACCUGUGUAUCUUUUUCAGUCUUACUUUGUAGCUAGUGUUGUAUAAAAGCCAUGUCCGAGAAAUGACCAAGUGUAUGAAUAAUAUAUCAGUCAGAUGUUAGAAGUCUUGGAGAUAUUUUAAUUUUAGAAGAGGGUUUAAUCUAAUUUUAUCCUUUCUGCUUCUUCUGAGUUAUAAGUAAUCUUUUUUUAGGACUGGACUCAAAGGGGAAAAUCUCAAUAUAACUUUAAUAUGGAGAAGUAGAUACGAUGUUCAAUAAUUAAAGGUUAAUAUACAUGCAAAUGUGUCCCCAGCAGACAGUUAGUUGUUAGAUGUACAGAUUGUAUAAAUUCAUCACCACAAAAUCCACUUCCCCUGGAACUCCAAACCCUAUAAGGAAGCAAAAUUGGCUUCCUUUCACACCCUUCUAAGUUUCCUUGACUACGCUGUGAAUUAAACUGACGUAAGAUGGAGAAAAACAUACUUCAUUAUUAUAUAUGUAUGUAUGUGAGACUCAAGGGCCAGGUAGUCGAAGCUUCUGUGGCAUCCUGAACUAUAAAAUUGGUCUCCUACAGUCAUAUUUUGGGGUGGUUAGUUAUCCUUUUAGGCAGUAGAGAUAAAUGUAAGAUACUACACAGACACGUAAUGAUAAAGUCAUCCUCUAAAAUAUUACCAUCUCCACCAGAUCUUCAAAAAGCAAAUGGGGAGUGGGGAUGGUAUAACUCAGUGUCGAGUGCAGAGAGUAGGGGGCCGUAGACAAGGAAACAUGCACUCUUAAAAUGGAACCAAAAGAUUCUUGGAAUUCCACUAAGUGCAUACUAUAAAUGUAAUGAAUAAUCAAAUUUACAUUAGGAAUUUGUCCUUUUUUGCCUUAAUUCCUAUCAUAUUGCCAGAUGGUAACAAUAAGAAAAUGAGCCAGUUAGCCAUGUGGGCUUUGGAAUUACUAGCUAUCAUAUCAAUGAACUGGAAUUAGCCAUAAUCUUAUGUAUGAAAUGUUCUGAUUACCUGAAGAGUUUUCUGAUACUCUUUUUACCUCCUGUUUUUGCAGGUAGAUUGAGAAUAACUUUUAGGUUCUUUUGUUGUUCAGUAAUUUUGCAAACUUAAAAUGCAUGAUUAGAACUAGAAAAUAAAGCUAUAAUAGUAAUAUGUCAAAUUGAAGGGCUUCAGGGAGCCAGAGCUGCAUAAUAAGAGAUUAGGCUUGUUAGCCAUAGAUUUGAAAAUAAGUUUCAGCUGUCACCUGUAUAACUUUGGGCACCGGUCAUUUCACUCCUCUGAGUUUAUUUAUAAAAUGAUUAUAAUAAUUCUCUCGUGAUACUGUGAGGAUUAAGUAAAAUGUGUAAAUUGCCUACUUCCGUAGGCCUUCAUAUUUAUUUUUAUUUUUUAUGUACAUUUUUUCUGCAUUUUUAUAGCUGCCUAAAGUGUAGGGAAAGAGGAAGACUCCAUAAAGGCUGAUUACUUUUUUAAAAUUGUAAACUAAUCAUUUGCAGUGACUUAUUUUCCUUCCAGUUCUUGUUUUUUUUGUUUCACAACAACAAAACACAUUUUUUUAGACUGAAGAAGCAAAAAAAUUGUGCUCAUGCUCUUAUUUUCAUCUUUAUCUAUAUAAAGUGAAAAGACAUUAGCUUGUAGGUGACAUGUAAGGAAACUUCCUCACUUGAAGAGGGGAUUUUGGUGUAUUAAUACUUCGAUUCUACAAAUCUUUUACUGACUUUACUGUCAUAAAGGAAUCAUUUUGGCACUGACAUUUUAUAUUUGGUGCUCUUAAUUCAUGACAAAAAUUUGAUAUAUAAACAGGUUCUCAAAACACUACAGCACAAGGCAAAUAAGGAAUACUAAGGGUGAAAUGUAAUAUUCAGAAUUGUAAUAAAACCCAAAUUGAAAUA